CGUCCCUCCAUGCUGGUCUGCAGUCUGUGAACCCUGUAUUCAGUACCGCCGUGUAACCCACGUCACCGUCCCUCGGCCUCCCGCGUCGGCAGAUAUUUGGCAAUGGUAUCUUGCAUCUUGCCAUCGGGUUGAUGCGUUGACACCACCGUUGAUCAUCCUCCCUUUUUCUCUAUCGUUUUACCCCGGACUUCCGGCGUUUUGUCGCCGAUUACACUCGCUCAAUUCUUGCUCGCUCUCGCCCAAACACCUGAUCGUUUCCCUUACUGUCCAAUCUUCCGUCUUCCUGUACUUGUGUCGAACAUCUAGAUUGCGUUACUCCAGCAUAUAUCUCAGCGGCCUCAACCGCCCACGGGCCGAAUUUCUGAACUUCGUUCCGCCCCGGCACCCACCAAAAAAAACCUAUCGAAAUGGCACUCGAUAUUCGCGUAUGGCCCAUGCUGGCUGCAUUCGUGUUUCUCCUGUCCACUGCUCGAGCUUUCUAUAUUCCUGGUUAUUCAAUACGGAGCUACCGCGAUAACGAGAGAAUUCCCGUCCUCGUGAACAAGAUCUUUUCGGAUCACUCCCCAUUCCAGUAUGCGUAUUUCGAUCUCCCGUUUGUCUGUCCCCCGAGUGGCAAAACACACGCCAGCUCCCCCUUUGCCAGCGGCCACAGUAUCUCUCUCAAUCUCGGCGAGGUUCUGCGUGGCGAUCGCAUCAGGAAUUCCGAUUUUGAAGUGAUCAUGGGGAAAGACGUCGCUUGCCAGUUCCUAUGUCAGCGCAAGGUCGACCGCAAGGACGUCAAACGCGCAAAGAAUCUUAUUUCAGACGGCUAUAUGGUGGAAUGGAUCAUGGACAAUCUACCCGGUGCAACGAGUUUUGUUUCGGUCGAUAGAUCGAAGAGAUAUUAUUCCUCUGGUUUCAAGCUUGGGUACAAGGAUUUCUCCCCCGCUAGCCGUUCGCCCCGGUACUUUAUCCACAACCAUUUCACUUUUGUGAUCCGCUGGCGGAGCGCACCAGGAAAGGCGGGCGCGCAUGGUGGGAAAGUCGUUGUCGGAUUCGAAGUUUACCCUAAAAGCAUUGGCGAUGUUCAGCGUUCCGCCAACGGAUGCCCAAAAGAGGUUCACGUAAAGCAAGAACGUCUGGAACUGUAUAUCGCUCCGAACAAUACCCGGUUGGCAGAAAAAUAUCCAGGUUCGUCAUACUUGCCCGAAAACGACGACGAUGUUGAUGACGGUGCCUCCAUCACGAUCCCAUAUUCGUACUCCGUUUAUUUCCGGAAGGAUGAGAGCAUCAGGUGGUCAAACCGAUGGGAUCUAUAUUUCUAUAGCCAUCAAGAUGGAAAGAUGACGCACUGGCUUGCGAUCUUGAAUUCAUUAACGAUCUCCGCGGUACUGGGUUUUGUUGUGCUUGUUAUUUGGGGUCGAACUGCGGGAGAAGGCAGAGGACGUGGAGAAGGAUCCCUGGAAGAAGGGAAACUAAAGCUAUCUUCUCGUAAUUCAAGGAGUGGGACUCGAACUCCUAGAACUCCCAAAACCCCACGCAUAGACGAAAAGUCGUCUAGCGGUCUUCUUGAGCAAGGCGCCGACGAUGACUUGGACCGUUUGUCCGAUGACGAGGUAGAGGAAGUGGCCUCAUGGAAACGCCUUCAUGGCGAUGUGUUCCGCGUGCCCGCGUACAGCGGGCUUUUGGCGCCUCUGGUGGGAUCUGGAAUGCAACUCCUCUUCAUGGCAACCGGCCUCCUCGCUUUGAGCUGUAUCGGAGUUUUGAAUCCUAGCUUCAGAGGCGGGUUCGUGAGUGUCGGCAUGGGUCUAUUCGUAUUCGCCGGCACAUUCUCGGGUUACUUUUCAGGGAGACUAUACAAGACAUUCGGUGGCAGGAAUUGGCAAAAAAAUACGCUUGUAACGGCAUUGCUCUUCCCAGGCUUGAUUUUCGCUUUGGUGUUUUUCCUUAAUCUGUUUGUCUGGGCCCAGGCUUCAAGUACGGCAAUCCCAUUUAGCACGCUAGUUGGUCUUGUUGCCCUCUGGCUUCUCAUCCAAGUUCCUUUGGUUUACGCCGGAAGCUGGUACGGAUAUGAGCGAACAACACCCUGGGAACACCCUACUCGCACAAAUGCCAUCCCGCGACAGAUUCCGCCCCAGUCUUGGUAUUUGAGGACGGUGCGAGGUACCCUUCUGACCGGGCUCCCACCGUUCGCCGUUCUCUUUGUGGAAUUGCUCUUUGUCUUCCGGAACCUUAUGCAGGAUAAGAGUGGACACUACUACGUUUUCGGUUAUUUGAGCGUGGUGUGCACAGUUUUGAUCAUCACUGUUAGCCAAGUCACGAUCAUAGCCACCUAUUGCCAGCUAAGCGCCGAAAAUCACCGGUGGUGGUGGCAGAGCUUCAUUACCGGAGGAAGCAGCGCUCUUUGGAUCUUCCUUUUGUGUAUUUGGUACUAUUUAACGAGACUCCAUAUACGAGGAUUCGUCUCGAGCCUGCUCUUCUUCGGAUAUAGCUUCCUCGGCUGCACCGUUUAUGGUUUGUUGACGGGAACCGUGGGAUUUCUAACGGCGUACGCUUUUGUUCGACGGAUAUAUAGUUCUGUCAAAGCAGACUGAUAACGAGUCCUGCAUUUGACAUUGGCUUCUCUACUGCAGUUCUCUUGGAGGAAGUUUCUUCCAGGCAGAAUCUGCAAGUCUUCGCUUUUUGCGAACAGGUCAUCAAUUCCAAUUCUUCCUAACCCUUUUUUACAGCUGAAACAACAAGUUACGAGCCACAUUUUCAUUUUUCGUUUCUCUCUGUUCUUUGAAUUCGUUAGCCCGGCCUUUCCUCGUUCAAAAGCAUUCUUGCAUUCUGCGAUUCCCCCCUGAUUCCGGCUAAUCCGCAUGCCUCUCUCCAUCCACGCUAACUAUUAUAUUCUACCGUACAUGCAUAUUAAUCAGUUCAACUUUCUAAGUCUUGUAUUCUCUUCUUUUUCAUUCUCUUUUAUCCAGCCACAACGAAGAAAACGAAUAUUCCAACACUUUUCGUACUUCCUUUUGUUGCAUGCACCCAUCUCUUUUUUGUUUUCGGGAUUUGCGGGU